CGAUUUUUUUGAAUCGCUAUGGAGCGCUCACGGUUGUCAGUGACUGUGAAUUUUUCUGCCUCUGUCCAUGAACCUUGGGAUUUUUAUUUUUUUUUUGAGCUUGGCCGAAACGUAAGACAUGUCAACCACCGAUUCAGUUGACCAGGAGAACAAAAAGGCUUGUUCCUCCUCCAUAGAUGUUGAUCAGGAAUUCGAUCCAGCAGCCAAGUUUGGAUCUCGACUUUUGACCGAUCAAGACGCAGUCUUUAACUACAAUGCUUGGGAUAAUGUUGAAUGGGACGAAGAGCAGGAAAAGCAUGCACUGUCACAAAUAGAAAGACAAUCAAGUAGCCCGGUUCCUGAAGAAUUAAGAGAACAAUAUCAUAGCAACGCCGCUAAUUACUGGAACAAAUUCUAUCACAUCAAUGAAAACCGAUUCUUCAAAGAUCGAAAUUGGUUACGGUUGGAAUUUCCAGAGUUGUUCCGUACACUUGAUCCAGCGGCGGGUAGUAAGAAAAUCUUUGAAGUCGGUUGCGGUGCCGGUAACACCAUGUUCCCGCUGCUGCAGGAGAGCAAGAACCCCGAGCUCUAUGUGUAUGGCGCCGACUUUUCAUCAACGGCGGUGGAGGUGGUCAAAUCCAGCCCUAACUACGAUGAAGCUCGAUGCAAGGCUUUUGUAUGGGAUUUGACAAGUUCAAGUAUACCAGAAGACAUAGAACCAGAGUCUCUUGAUUUUGUCGUCCUGAUUUUCGUUUUAUCUGCUAUUCAUCCUGAUACAUGGAAGCAAGCUGUUGCCAAUGCAUAUAAAAUGUUGAAGCCAGGAGGUGUGGUGUUACUUCGUGAUUAUGGGCGACAUGACUUGGCACAGCUGAGAUUCAAGGCAGGUAGAUUGCUGGACGAUAAUUUCUACAUUCGUGGCGACGGAACGCGAGUGUACUUCUUUACGUCUGAAGAAUUAGAAUCCAUGUUCACCGCCCCAGUUGAAGGCGGUAGCAAUCCCAUGUUCGAGGUGCAGCAGAAUGCAGUCGACCGACGACUGAUUGUCAAUCGAAGCAAGAAGCUCAAGAUGUACAGAGUAUGGCUACAAUGCAAAUUUAAGAAGCUUUGAAAACGGCCAACAUGCUUUUGGUUUUUUUGUAAAUGGAAAAAGUUUAUCGUUUGAAUAUCAAGACCGUUGAUCGAUUCAUAGCAGUAAUAUUACAUAAUAAAAAUGCGCAAAACAAGAAGACCCUACUGAACACCACCCUGACCUUCUUCCUUGCAUGUUAUUGCCUUCGGGUGAUCUGUUGCUGAAGCUCUGUGGCGAAAUCCGUCAUGACUUCGAGCUGAGACUUGUAAUUUGAUUCAGUGGUAGCCAGAAGAUCUUGCACCUUCAGGACCUCUGCUUGAAGUCGGCCAAUUUCUUCCUCUAAUACCGCUCUCUUUCCCACCUCGGCAUCCAUCUUCUCCUUCAUACUUUGGACCACUCUAUGAAAUCGAAUGGCUUUGCUAUCUGCCAUUUGGAA